GUAUGUCCACGUCUGCGUCUACGUUAUGUAGUGUGUACUACGGAGUACUUGGUACAUGCGAGCGAGCAGCAUACCUACUUAACGACAUGAUACAUAUAACAAUGCUGACACGUUUGCUGGACGCUGGACAUUGGACGUUGAACGUUGAACGUGCCUUGUGUAGUAGCUGGAUACCUGUAGUUGGAUAGGUAAAGUACCGUAGAUCGCCGCAGUUAAAGUGAAAGGUGCGCUUUAAAUAGUAAAAGUGAUACGGGCAGUGGCGUUUUGGACAAAAACCGCUGCCUCCGUCGCCGCAAACGCGCAGCAGUUUCCAUCUUGUGAUUGAUUUUUGCGGUCAUUUGCCCAUCCCGCUUAUCCGCAUUGCGCUGAUGAAAAUUCACCACAUCACAUCGCUUCGCGUCCCAUCUUGGCUGCGUAUUUCUUCCAGUAUAUACCUGAUCGUAGACUAGACAAACGUUGGACGUACGUACACGCGAAAUGAGUACCAAAGUGACAAGUGUGUGCUAGUGCAAAGUGCGUGAAUCUUGUAUAGCUCUAUAGUUCGUGUUUGGUGUGUUCGGGGGUAGUGUUCUUGUACCUAUAGUUGGCGUAGAUAUCCGCGAGUUACCGAAGACCAAAACCGAUCAUUCGACUCGUAAGAGUAUAUCUGUAGUUCGGUUGUGUUUGUGCAGAUGUGUAAGGAUGGGUAUUGGAUAUUGAAAAGGCACCAAGUCUCCGUAUAAACGCUAUGUAGAUACACGUUGGAGUCAUUCGAUUGAUCUAUGACACCCAAGACGACCAAAGGGGUAAGCGCCGAAGCGCCCGUUGAUGUCGCGUCGCCGCCGCAGCUACUCGUACAGCCUCCACCAUCUCCAGCAUCAAUAUUCGGAUCUACUAUACUUCUAUAGCACACUUUCAUAGCCCAUCUACUUACCUAUCAAGGACGGUUCUUCAAUAGCAACGUACAAUAGUGUAGGGGUACUCGAACGCAAAAUCUAACCAAAUGAGAACCGUUUAUUAUUUCCCCGUUUUAUCGUUAUGCGCGAGCGUUUUAUUAUUUUUAUCGUGCAACAGUGAUAAGGCUUUGGCAGCAUCUUCAGUGCCGCGAAAUGAAGAUUACAAUCAAUACCAGUACCACGACGUUGACGACGAGCAGGAGCCUUACAGAGCAUCGGAUGAACACGGUGAUGAGGCCGAAGACUCGCAGGAGCAUUUGGAAGCGAUGCAAGAGAACGAAGAUGAGAUUGAGGAUGAGGAAGAAGCGGCGCGAAAUUUCGUCAGCGAACAUGAGACGCCGCGACCAGUUCCCGUCAAGGUGAGAAUACGCGGAGAUUUGGCGACCCCUGCGCCCGAAGCCGGCAUCGAUUUGGGUUUCGUACCGAAACAAACGUAUUACCAAGUGCGCAGAUACGAUACCAAAGUGCAUUUGCCGAGAAGCGCGGCUCUGGAAGAAGCCGAGACGGCCGAAGAGUUGCUGAACGCGCCACGACUUCGCGAGGUUGUUUCGCAUAAGAAAACUCAAGAGGUUUACGAAGAGCAAGGCUACGAAGAUGCAGGCUACGAUCACGCCGGUUACAAAAAAGCCGGCCAACGUCACGAAAGUAAAUUUAAACCCAUCGUGGUAGCCGGGGCCGGCUCAUCUGGGGCAAAUUUGGAAGAAGGACAGGCACGAAUCGACGAUCAAUCGUCAGAACAAGCGCGAAUCAAGUUGGCCCGAUCCGAUAACGACACCAUCGAGGUUAUAAGCACCAGUAGCAACAGCAAAGACCGCAAUAACCAAGACGAAGACAGCUCUGCACCCUCCAGUCGACAGAGAAAAAUCAAACAAAAGAGCACCGCACAAGAUGCUUCAGCAGAAGAUGCAGACCAAAGCAGAAUAAGGCAAAGUGGCGAACAACGAGAUCGCGAAGAAGGCUCAAAACUCGUUCGAAAAAGAGUGAAAGUCCGAGGUGGCGGUAUUAGACCAGGUCAAAAGGCAAAAAACGAGUCUAAAUCUGAAUCAGAGACCGAACAGAGUGCACGAGUGCCAUACCGGUCAAAACAACGCGAUCAGUCCUCUCCGGCAUCUUUUCAAAAGCGACGAAAAAUAAAAAAUAACUCGACGAGCGAUAUUGGUGGGAAAAAAUCAGCUGAUACAAAAUUAGGCCAGGAAUCUAAAACCGUGCAAUCGAAAUUAAAAGCGAUGAGCGAAGAACAACCCAAGGACACGGUGGAAAAAGACAAAGUACCUUCGCCAACAACUUAUCGACCUUCUACACUUCCUGAGACAGUGAAUCGACUACGAACAGCGGCAGCGAAACGCAAAAGACCACAGCCAUUUUCACGAGGUAAUGCCUUAGGAUCCUCAAGCUCUGCAGAGGAAGCCCCAUCGGCUGGAUCGUUUUCAAAAAACAUGCUCAUUGAUGGCAGCGGAUACGUGUUCGAGAAUCCAUUCACACCUCACUUCGACACCUCUCACGAGAUAAAAACUUUACCCAAAGCGAUAUCGACUCAGCAGCCAUAUCAAUGGAAAUCUCCUAAAGAAGGUGUCAGCUUAGGCGGUGGAAGCUACACCACCAACGAGCGACAAAAAAACCAAUUGUAUGAUCCGGUAAAUGGUGUGAGGAGACCGGUUGUCGUCAAAUCGAAAUUUAUACGAGGUAAGGCGAAAACAUUCCCUUAUGAUAUCGUAGGUGUGGAUGAUGCAGUCACAGAUACAGCUACAGCAACGGCUAUCGAUUCAACGACAUCGAUACCACAUCCUCGUCAAAACACCACCUUCGUUGGCUCCAAAUGGCGCAAAAAACCACCAUCUCAGGCACCCUUUGACGUAUCCUAUAAAGCAAAAUACAAUUUCCCUUACGAAAUAAUAACUAGCAGAGUGAUAUCAGCAGCUGCUCCAACGUUGUCGACAAUUCAGCCCAAAUCGCCUGGGUAUGUGUCCGAUAGCGCGUCCAAAUCAUCCGAGAAGUUGUUCUGGUCACCGAACAAACGUUUGAAAUAUUCGCGAAUGAAGAACACAUCAUCGCCUUUUGGUACAGCUGAUGAUUCUCCUUGGAUACCAAUAACACCCAAAGAGGCUUAUGACAUUCAUGGUUACGCUGCACGUCGCAAAAAUCUUGUCAGUGGUGGCAUGGCUGGCGCCAGCAGUCACGAUAUCAAAGUAACCGAAUCUGCUGAGUUCUCAGCUGAACGACUGGACUCUAGGCCAACCAAUAAACGAAAAGUGACCCCGAUUCGUGUGCUGGAGUCGUCCAAAGAACCACGUUCUUCGGCUCGAACUGUAUCCACAAGCUACAGCAUCAGACACGAGUACGAUAGCCCAAAAAUUGGCGGUGCUCGUUUCACAACCCCUCUUACAGCUAUUUUCAAAAACGGUGGUUGGAUCGAUCAACCGAAUCAUCGUUUCGAAGGUUGGAGGACGACUACAUCUUGGCCAUCAUCGGUUCCACAGAUCAACGAGUCGUUUGAAGAGCAACGAAAGCAUUUUGACGAUGCAUUUGGUGCAUUUACACGACCUCCAGCAGUGGCCCAAUCCAAAUCUUCCACUUCUGGGUUGGAAAGUGCAUCAUCAACGAACAAUGGCGACUUGAACGACGAUUCCAGGGAUAUCGAAACGCUAUCCAGUAAUCGUUACACUGUUUUUCAACCAUUCGAGGAUACCACACGACCAAUGCAGAAAUUCAACGAAUCUGCACUGUACAUGACGAGCCAAUUAGCUGCAGAUACCCUGCUUCAAUACAGGCAUCCGUAUCUGCCUCGGGAAAAGUCAUAUCUUGAACAGGAUGCAACCCAGGAACCAUCUUGGGUACCUUCAUCGUCCCUUGCUCCUCGAAAUUUAACAUCUUUCAAAUUCGGCAAUGCUUUAUUCGUCAAUCUGAACGCUUCUGAAGACUUUUUGAAAAAAUCGACACUGGUAGCGACAUCGACGACAACGGAACCCACCACCAGUGCCAAUGUCGUCAAAAGACUCGACAAAAUAAUCGUAUAUCCGGCAGAUUACGCAUCAUCUGCCAGUUUCGUGGAAAAUCUCACAUUAGCUCACUACGCCAAUCCAGUGAACUCGGUUCGUUCAUCUUUACCGCUCAAUUUCCGGGAUCGAUUCAACACGUUGACUGAUCACUUGACCAAGAACAAAACUACAGGCUCGCCAAAAGUCAAACGUGCCGUCUCCAACGAGCAACUGUUGAACAUUUACAUGGACGGAUCUACGACUGAAAUGACGGUGGAUGUACGCAAGUAUCCGUUCUACAAGAAGGUCUCAGCUUCUGCGGAUACCAGCCCAUUGGCCAAAUACUCUGUGCUGAGGUACAUUUCGAAUCCAAAGCUGGUUCCAACCAAAACCGCGGGUGUAAUGAGUUUUUACCAAAGUACGAACAAUGUUCGAUGCCCGGAACCGGAUGCUCCUCGAGACGUGAUUCCAAAACGACAAAAGGAUGGCGAAUGGGUGGGUGACAGGGACGACAAACAACGUGGUAAGCCACGAGUGCGCAAUGUUGGCCGCAGUAUACUGUGUCAUAAAAUCAAAUUUUUUGGCUCCGAUCCUCUGGACAAUCCGUUUUUCCAAGAACAAUCGAUCGGUUUCCCUCAACUCUUUCCAUCCAGUAAAACGAAAAAGAUGACGAAAAGAGCGGCGAAAAUUGCUACCAAUCGGGAUGAUUCAGUUGGUAAAAAAAUGGUACGCAAGGUUUACUUGGCUGGUGGAUUCAUUAACAUAGGUGGCAACAAUUCGUCAUUGACAGAAGUGGAGAAGAAUAAGCAGGAAGAAGACGAAGAUGGCGCAAUAUUGCACCAAAAUUCCACUCUGCCUGGUAAUCUUCUACGCGUUGUCAAAGCUGCGUACGGUUUACGACCAAUAUCCACAGAGGCUGCAGUAAUCACAACAACUGUAGCGUCAAUUCCAUUAGUGAAUGUUGCAAACCAGGUUGCUGGCAAUGAUCAGAUCAGCGCCACCAGCAUGAUGAAAAAGUAUAGCCAUAACGACACAAUCGCCCCCUCCAACUGGGCUUCGUCACUGCCUCCAUCUAUGCUGCCAUUUAAACCGCAAUACAAAGAGCCCAGUUGGCGUCAUAAAAAACAUGGUCAAGCUGCACCAUCGACAAAGCACAAAUUGAGCGGCGAGCAUAAAUUGAGCAAUGAGCAUAAGUUGAGCAGUGCCACCGCCAUUAACGAGCCUUUACCAGAUCCUCAAGUUGAUUCGUUGUUAUAUGUGAUACAUCCUCAAAGCGGUCGUGGCAAGUGGAUGAAAAUACUAAAAGUCCAGCAGCUUGAAACAACUACGUCUCAAGGCAACUCGUCCUCGAGCGGAUCGGGAGACAGACGAGUUGUUAAUAAGUUUCCCCAUAAGUCAAAGGCAGUCGACGUUGCAAAUGCUAACGUUACAAAAUCAGAAGCUGACGAUGCUCUGGUUGCUUCAAAUAAGCCAUUGGAGCAAUAUAAAGAGCCUUGCAAUUUCGGAUUUGGUCAACAGUCUACAUCGUCGUCAUCGUCGCUGUAUCCGCACCAAAUGACUCAGCAAACGCAACAAGAUGAAAAACGAGCCAUCAACCCGACUGUGUCUGAGACACAUGCACACGCCAUCAUGCCAGAUAUAUAUCACAUCAGCGGCUUAUUGAAGCAAGUAGCUCCGCUAAAAGCCAGCCAAGCAGAAAUUAACAAUAUGCAAACGACAGAAGAGCACUUGGCCGAGGAUGCCGAUGACGACAAUGAGACCAACGGCAACUCAUCUGCAACGUCAACCGUACCAUUUCCACAGCCGCACGAACGUCUGUAUUAUUACGUAGUAGACGAAUGAACGCAAGUCACAGCCGCCAUUUAUAUACCAAUGUCGAAGUCGAAGUCAACGUCAGCAUCGACGCAAGAAAGGCCUGUCAAUCAUUCAGCACCCAUGAUAUAGUUUGUCAACUUUCACCUUCAAGUCUGAUCUACCAUCUCCUUAUGCCCGUUAGGUAUAUCGUCUUUAUCGACAAAUAAUUUGUAUGUACAUUACUUGGGUUAACUAUCAAUUGAAAAUUGUCCCAAAACACAUCAAGAAAUUGAACCAACUGGGAGAGAAAGAUGAUACGAGAUUGAAAAAAAAAUUACAUUGACAAAGGAGGUGGUACUUUGAUGGGUUCGCUUGAAAUUAAAUGUGCCAGUUUUGUCACAUUUUGACUCAAUAUUUGAAUCGAAUUUUUACUGCAAGUAGUUACCCCGCCCACCAUGCCACUACAAAUCGACCACCAAAAGUUCUUGAAUCAACGAGUAAAAAAAAAACGUCUUACUUGUUUUAAUUUAUUAAUUUAUUUUACUAGAGGCGCCGGCACCUUCAACUUCAUGCCAUCAUUAUGACGGAUACAUAUACAAUGUAUGUACCUUACCUUGGCUAAGAUCUACAACGUUGUAAACAUACAGGGAGUGUAGAAAUAUCUUGUAGGUACCCUUGUUACCUAUCCAGUGGACAAUGGUCAAGAGAGAGAAUGUUUGCGCCAAAAAUGAAAGUUGAUAACAUUGAAUAUGCAUGCUUAAGUUGUUAAUUUCACUGUAUUUUUGUAAGGUAGGUAAGUAGGGUACUCAAUAUUUCUACUCACCCUGUAGUCUACCAUUCUGAAUACCUACUUACUGAUUUUUAUUUACCAGCUACUUACACAAUAAAUGUUUUUUUUUGAUUUGUUA